CCGAGGUCGCGAACGUCGACCGAGCGAGUCUCUCUCUCUCUCUCUCUCUCUCUCUCUCUCUCUCUCUCUUAUAUACGCGUUCUCUUUUCACUCGGCGCUCAGGUCUCAGCUCCAGUAUUUCAGUGUAUGCACAUCGGCCGGCCGGCGUGCAUAUAGUCUCUGUUAAUAGUGUUGUGUUUUUGGAGCAAAUGAUUUUCGCGUAGAAUAUUACUUUUCUAUUGUGCUAUUUUUAUCAACAUAUAUACGAAGCGUGCUGCUUGUGUGUGUCAAAUUUAACGAUCAGACGACGUCGUGCUCGUGCCUUGAGCAGCGCCGGGCCCCAGGGCCCGGUCGCUCUUAUUUCCGCCCAGAUCGACCCCGGCAAGCACGCAGCGAUGAAGCUCGCAGGCUCGUCUCAAAGAAGAACCGACCGCGAUCUCUGUACCGAGCGUUAACUAUCGACAACAGUUUGCUUUACUAAUAGUCAUCGCGAGUCAUUGUAUAGGAAUCACUACCUCUAUCGACGGAGAUAUAUCUUUGAAAAGAAUAGGAACGAGAUAGGAUACUAGAAAAGAAAAAAGGAGGAAGAGAGAAAGAGAGAGAGAGAGAGAGAGAGAGAGAGAGAAAGUGAAAGAGAAAGCGAGAAAGAGAGAGGAAAGAGAAAGAUUAUACAAAACGUCAUCAUAUCAAAGGGUCAAAUCGUGUCGAAAUUGCGAGACAGCAAAUUUAAAAUCCUGAGUAGAGUAAUUUGAGAAUAUCUGAAAAAACACGAGGAAUUAUAGAUUUGGUUGUGAUGUAUGGAAUUGGUAUAAAGUAUAUAGUAAAAAUAGGCGCGAUAAGCAGCCACGAGCCCGACGAAAAUUAGGGAUACGAGAAUGCACAUUGAAGGGGACGCGAUGAUGUGAGAAGGAAACGCAGGAAAAGGAAAAGUGGAUUCCAAGACGAAGACAUUUAGAUAGGAAAAGUGCACAGAAACGGAUACGCGAAACUGGCGACCCACGCUCGUGACAGUGGCUCUCGUGGGUCUCGGACCCGCUGCAGAGCCAAUGGUGGGUCACUUUCCAGUCGCGGUAGCGCUACGGGGAUGCAGUGUGGCCUGUGUGCUGUUGUCGCCGGCCUGUUUCGCCGGGCCAUGUGCAUCGCAGGUAGCCGUCGCGGCUCUGGGGAGUCUUGUUAUCAGGAGCUGGCCAUGGAUGUGCAAGAGAGACGUCAUUCACAGAUGGAGCAUGCGGAGACCGAACUCAUGAAAGCGAGCGAGAUCGCGGAGAGAGUGAAAAAUGUCAUUCAGAUGGAAGAGAGGCGUACUACUGAGAUAGCGAUGGAUAAAGAGGAGAUGUUCGUGCGUAUCUUUGACAGCAACUUAUAUCGUGAUUCUGGCACAUCGGUCACAUUAUCCAAAGACCAUGAUGAAUCUGCAAGGGAAGUAGCAUUCAGGCGUUUAUCUGACACGGAUCGAAUUCUGCUGGAAAACUUGGACAUCGAUCGAUGCAGAUCUAGACAAACUGGUCGAUUUUUAACGAUACACAAGAGACGGCGUAAGAAACUUAUCACUAGAUCCUUGAGUCAAGAGCCUGGCAUUCUAGACGAUAUUUUCCACGGGCUAGUGCAGUGUGUUUUACAAAGGGCUGGGAAUUGGAGAUUUAAUGCUUUCACGCUAGAAACAGUAACAGGCGGUCGUUCGCUACCGGUAUUAUGUGUCCAUCUUUUUCAUUGGUAUGGGCUUCUACAAUAUUUCACCUUGGAUGUUGUAACAGUAUGGAAGUUAUUCGCUUUUAUCGAGGAGGGUUAUCACAGUACAAAUCCUUACCAUAACAGUGUACAUGCCACAGACGUCACUCAGGCAAUGCAUUGCUUUCUUCAAGAAGAAAAGAUUAAACCACACCUAACCAGUUUAGAAAUUAUGGCUUCCUUGAUAGCGGCUGUAACACAUGAUUUAGAUCAUCCUGGUGUCAAUCAGCCAUUUUUGGUUGCGACAAGUAAUCAUUUGGCUGCACUUUAUCAGAAUACUUCUGUUCUCGAAAAUCAUCACUGGAGAUCAGCCAUAGGAUGUCUUCUAGACAGCGGAGUCUCAGCAGAAUUACCGGCCGACGUGAGAUCGGAACUUCAACGACAUAUCAGUUCAUUGAUUUUAGCAACAGAUAUUACGAGACAGCAAGAGUUUCUUACACGUUUUAGGGAUUAUUUAAACAACAAUUCACUUGACAUGAAACGCGCGGAAGAUCGUCAUUUUAUUUUGCAAAUUGCUUUAAAGUGCGCCGAUAUUUCCAAUCCUUGUAGACCGUGGGAUAUAUCAAGAAAAUGGUCUUAUAAAGUUUGCGAGGAAUUUUUCAGACAGGGAGAUUAUGAACGUCGCCUAAAUCUUCCGGUAACACCAUUGUGCGACCGACAUACCACUAGUAUCCCAAAGAUCCAAACUGGUUUCUUUAAGCACGUCGUUACUCCUCUUUAUGUGGAAUGGCACCGUUUUCUUGGCGAUGGCCUAAGCGUAUCAUUAAUGGAAUACUUGAAAACGAAUCAGAAAAAAUGGGAAGCAUUAAUCAAUCAAGAGAUUGAACAAACAGAAACCGAAAUCUCCGAGCUGGACGAACCUGAAGGUGCUAUUAGUUCAGGCGAGGAAACAGCUGCCAAUGAUGAUUCAGGCAGUAUUGAUUUAUUAAUACCAGCCGCUUACGCACAAACAGCACGAAUGCCGACGCUGCCAGGACGAGUUGGACUCGAUCGUGUUGGUAGGCGUCAUUCUGUACCUCUAAGCAUAUCGAAACCGUUGAGUGUACCUUUACGUCAGACACCGAGGAGAGAGAGUCUGCCGAGUGAGCAAAUCAAAGCAAAAAAUUCUUUGCAGAAACUAGAAAAUCAAAGUCUAUUGGAGCCUAGUUCGUUAUCCCUGUUGUCCUCCAAAAGCAGCAUAGCUGAAUCAUCGAAUGUUAGCGCUGAGAGACCAGUUAGCGCGGAGGAUCUCUUACCAGAGACGAGUAUAGCCAGUAUUACCAGUAGUACCGAGGCAUCAAAAUUAAAUACAGUUUUACAAUCGGAUGAUCAACUUAAUGCACAAAUCAAGCAACUCACACGACAACAAACCUUCCCUCCGUUACAAUCGUACACACGAACAAGAUAUAUGUCUACAACCGCGGAGAUGUCACAGUGUUACACUCAGAUCUUAAUAGAAGCCGACAGUUCUUCCAGUUGUUCAACUCCCACGAAGAACAAAUCGUGUUCAAGCGGCCGAUGUUGUUCGCCACUAUCUUUAUAUGACCCUGAUACAUGUUACCAAGAGAAAUCUGAUACUUUGAAAGUCUCCCAAAAAUUACUAAUGGUAGAUACCAAAAGACGAGGCUCGACAUUGUCGAAUACGAUUAAACAGAAGCAUGUUCUCAGCUCGGAGCGCCGUCAUUCUAUGCAAACUGUUCGCACCGAUGAUUCUUUUUCUAAACAUCGGCGCAAAAGAUCCUCUUCUGCUCAAGAUUCCGAUCCCACACAGGUGUUCUAUGUUACGUUAACGGGCUCUCAUGGAGACAAGAACAAUGUUUCUGAUAUGUCUACUGUGAAAUCUAAAUUGAAUUUGGAUUGCAAUGUCAAACGUAACCGUCAUAGUGCGAAAUCGACAGUUCAAGAACUGCGGACUACGUUAUCAUCUAAAAAAUUAGAUCAAUGUACUUCAUCGACUAAGAGUUCAUAUUUUGACCAAGAACCGCGAAGAUACUCAACUCCUAUCACAGAGUAUAGAACAAUGAUUGAUCACGCAGGUAGACGAUAUACCACGAUACCAGUGUCUUCUGAGUUUAGCACUCAUAAAGUGUUCUUUAUCGGUAGUCCUCCUGAUUCACCGCCUCGUAAUCACAGUGUGUCCUCGUCGAGUGAUAGUAGUGGUGAGCCAAAAAAAAAUAUGGAUGAUUCGAGUAACGAAGCUGUUAUUGUUGGCAGUAAAAGAGAAUUGGAUUGCACGAAAGAAAAGAAUUCAAAAAUUAUGAAGUUGAGUUCUGACGCUCAGAUGAAGGAAAAUGUUGAUCCCCGUACAAAUGACGAUUUCGCUAAAACAUUAGCGAUGUCUCGUAGGGGAAGUCAGGGAUGGGCAAGAAGGCGAGGAUCAGCUCCAGUUGGUCUUCUAUCAAAACUUGAUGAUUCUAAUCCAAUUACCAUACCCACCAGAAUUGAUCAUAGUUGUAGACGUGGAUCUGUACCGACAGACAUUACUAAACAUCAAGGUUGUAAUCGGCUCGCUUUAGGACCUCGAGAAAACAAUUUUUUGGCCCUAAGAAGAGCUAGUCUUCCGCAAGAGAUUGCAUUGGAAAAUCUUUCUGAAAAUAUCUCGAUUUUAACUAGCGAGCGUGAAAACUUUUCAAUCAACAACAAUAAUAACAACAACAAUAGCACUAAUAACAGCAACAACAAUGGCAUUAGUAAACUAUUCGACAGCAGCGUUUCUGGAAUGUUUUCCCCGAGACGAGGCUCAGUACCAGCAGACAUAUCCGAGUUACGCCACGAUAUGUUCAGUAGAAAUAGCGUAAAUAGCAAAUCACGAAGCCGCAAGAAGAUUUUAAAAAGACGAAGUAGUGGGGGCCCGGAAAUGUUCACCGGGCAAUCCACCGACGGAAACGAUAAUGGCAUAUGGCUCAAGUGGAAGAGAGAAAUAGGAAAACACGAUCCUGUCCCCGAAGCGCUUGUCAAACGAAGAGGAUCUCUACCUAUAGAGAUGGUGGCUGUUUCACAUGCUGGUCGGUACAACCAUAGAUAAAGGAGGAUAUCGCGUAAUACGAACGGGUACAAAUAUGUUUUCCAAAAAUGAUCAACAUCAGCACCACAUAGGUCUAGUCUGUGGCGGCUUUAGCGUUCUGUAGAAAUAUGAGGACCGUCCAUGAUACUAGUGAACAUUGGCAACAAUUUUUCCUUGAAUUAUCAGGGGUAAUAUCAGCGACGAUUGAUGACUGAAUUUCAAGAUUGUCGAUAUCGAAGAUUUUCUUAUCGAUUGUGAGCAAGUAAACGAAUAAAUAUUGUAAUUAUAUUUUUGAUGGUUUUAAUUGUUAGAUACAUUACAAUGAUGAUAAACUAAUUUACAUUUGAAUAUUUUCAAACCUCUAGUUAAGAGGAUUUAUAUAAUUGUGACAGAAUAUUUUUUAGCAUACACUAUACAAAUCGAAAUUAAUCAGAAAUUUUACUUUUUAUUAUUAAUAGAAAAAAUACUGCAAAUUUAUCAAUAUAGUAAAAUCUCGUUUAUUUUGGUCCUCUGGCGAAAUAAAAGCAAAAAGUUCUUGAACAAUUAACAGAUACCACCUUUCCCAUGCGAGCUAUCUAAUCGCUAUGCACUUGCAACUGCGAAGGAAGUUAAUGGAAAAUUAUGAUUUGCAUGUUGUCAUGUAAUCCAUCCGACAUAAAGAAGAUGUGAUAUAAUUAUUCGCGAAAAUAUGCGCGGAGGAGUACCAAAAUUAACGGGGUCAAAUUUAAAGAGACUCUACUUUGCAGGCAACAUCAAGAUAUUGAAUCAUGUAGUCAAUAUAAAUCAGUAACAAAAAUAUCAGAAGUAUAUCUUAAUAUGUAUGUAAGACAUACUUCAGAAGUAGAUUCAGUAUUGAAAAAUAAGAAAAGAAUCUCAGAUAAACAUGUAGCCUGAUUUACUUAGUUUCCAAGUUAUAACUGUUUUUUAUAUUCAAACAGCUUAUACUUUAUUUAUAAAUGCUCAAAAUGAAUGUCUUGUAAAAUGUACCUGAUUUAAAGUCUGCAAACGUUUUAUCUAAGAUCUUAUCCAUUCGUCAAUCUUUAAGUAUUGUGUUUGGAAAUUUUUAUUAUAUACCAUAUUACUUCAAAAAUAAAAAGAAAAUUAUAGAAA